AUGACUAGAUCACUUGUUACCGGCGGCACAGGCUUCAUCGGUCUAUAUGUCGUCAAGCUACUCCUUGAGCGUGGCCACUAUGUCAACACUACAGUGCGCAGCCUAAAAAAUGCUGGCAAAUGCAAGCCACUGCUGGACCUGCAGGCACAAUACCCAGGUCAUUUGUCCCUGUUUGAAGCUGAUCUUAUGGAGAAUGGAUCUUUCCGUCAGGCGAUGGAGGACUGCGAAGUAGUCUACCACAUUGCUUCGCCAUUCCUGGUACCGCAACAAAUCAAAGACGGGCUGAAAGAUUGCGUUGAGCCGGCGCUGCAAGGCACUCAGUCUGUUCUUCAGUCCGCCAACGAAGUUGAGAGUGUCAAGCGUGUUGUUUUGACAUCUUCAGUUGCCGCAAUGUACGGCGAUAAUGCCGAUGUCCUUAAGGUCAAGGACCAAACCCUCACAGAGUCUUGCUGGAACGAGACCAGCAGCUUAGGCUACGCUCCGUACUCCUAUUCCAAGACGGUCGCCGAGCGGGAGGCGUGGAAGAUUCAGAAGCUCCAAGGCCGGUGGUCACUCGUGGUCGUCAACCCUGGUAUGGUCCUUGGCCCCUCUCUGACUCCCGAGUCCGUCUCCGGAAGCCAUUUCAUGCUCGAGUCGAUGUAUCGCGGUGAGAACCGAAUGGGAUGCCCCGACCUAUCGUGGCCCUUGGUCGACGUCAGGGAUGUAGCAGAGGCGCACGUCAAGGUCGGCGAGGACGUGUCGGCGAGCGGGCGAGGAAGCGGUCCAGUCGCACUAUGA